AUGUCAUCAUCAUUCUCUAUCUCUUCUUCACUUCCAUCACUUCAAAACCCUAACUUCAAUUCCCUCAAAUUACCCAAUCUCCGUUUCAAUUCUAGAAUCUCUUCACCACCACGCUCUCGCCCUAACUUCCCCCAACUCUACAAAACAUCCACCACUCUUCGCCGUAGAUUCCCAUGCAAUAAAGCCUUGAAAGAUUCCGGUGAUAAUGGUGGCGGUGGUCGAGAUGUUGACCAGGAGGUUGAGAAGAAAAAUGUGUCGUCUGGACUUUUUCCAGAGUGGUUGAAUUUCACUAGUGAUGAUGCGAAAACGGUUUUUGCUGCUUUGGCGAUUUCGCUUGCUUUUCGUACUUUCAUUGCUGAGCCGAGGUUCAUUCCUUCGUUGUCGAUGUAUCCUACUUAUGAUGUUGGAGAUAGAAUUGUUGCUGAAAAGGUUUCAUACUAUUUUAGAAAGCCGUGUGCAAAUGAUAUUGUGAUUUUUAAAAGCCCUCCAGUCCUUCAAGAAGUUGGAUAUACUGAUGAUGAUGUUUUCAUAAAACGUGUUGUUGCAAAGGAAGGUGAUAUUGUAGAGGUUCGAAAUGGACAUGUUGUAGUUAAUGGGAUUGAAAGGGAUGAGAAGUUUAUAAAUGAAGCGCCGAAAUAUGAAAUGAAACCUAUACGUGUUCCAGAAAACUCCGUUUUUGUGAUGGGAGACAACCGCAAUAACAGCUACGACUCACAUGUGUGGGGUCCUCUGCCGGCCAAGAAUAUCAUAGGUAGAUCAGUAUUCCGCUAUUGGCCACCAAAUAGAAUUGCCGCCACAGUUGCUAAGGGAGGGUGCCCUGCUGAAACCAAGCCGGAGACUACCAGUACUACUCUAGCAUCUCAAUGA